CUGAAUUCUGGUUAGCCAUUGUUCAAACAGAAAUUCCGGAGACAUGUCUAUAGACUUUGUAUCGACUUUGUAUCGAUGUGUGUCGCGCAACCUCUGCCGGCCAACCUUCAGUACCGCCUCUGCACUCCACCGAGCACGUGCUCCUUCCAUUUCUGAUAUUAUAUUUCGAAAUGUGGUCAACUGAGAACACUCUGAGGCUAAUCGACGUAUUUCACAACACGCCGUGUUUAUGGAAUGUCCUUUCGGACGACUAUAGGGACAGGGAAAAGAAAAAGAGAUGUUGGAAUAUAAUCGCCCAACAGUUCGGGGUGCCGGUCACCGACGUAGAAAAGAAAAUUCACAAUUUAAAGACUCAGUUUUACCGAGAGCACAAAAGAGUUACGAAAGAUAGGAAGAAUAGAGGAUAUCCUCAAACUGUAUCUAACUGGUUUGCUUACAAACAUUUAAUGUUUCUUCAUCAUAGAAUGAAAUUAAUACGAAAAAUCGGAAACCAUUAUGAUAAUGAAGUACCUAGCCUGAGGAAGGGUUGGGUACCUCUAAAAUUACUGGUACCUGGAGUACCCUGCCCCCAGACAGUCGGGGAUGCCAGGGCUCGACAACCGCUGGGGGCGCGCUGUUGCCGGUUGGUGCUUGUUGCUAGCUUUGGCAACCGCGCACUCCUACAUCAACACAGGCUAUUUCCUUACCUCUCUCUCUUCUCUCCUCUCUUCUAA